AUGCCUUGGUUUAUGGAAUAUUUGAUGAGCUGUGCAUCUUACUGGCUGUAUAUAAUUGCUUUUUACGUAUGGAUUUUUAUGUAUUCUGAGGAAGCAGUCGAUCCACCGAAAAGUAACAAAAGUUUCCAAUCGGAGAUAAAAGAUUCAAUCCCAAAUUCAACCGAAUUCAUCCGCCGACAACUGAGUCUAAUCAAUGAACAUUCUGAGAAAAUGGAGUCGUUCAGAAUGCGCUGUCAAACUGCAGUUCUUCUUCAAAUGAGAACGUUCAUCAUCGCCUUGAUCUUAUUCAUCUUCUACUUCUUGUUCCGACAAUAUCAUGAGACCGAAGAAAACGAACACGCAUGGUUUUGCAUUCUUGCAUUUGUCUUGAAUUCUGAUGCUGGGAUCAGGGAUUCAAAAGUCGAGGUGCUGCUUCUUGAAUUCAAGAUUCUAGAUUCUAGAUUCUAA